GCUUGGCUUUGAGGGGGAGCUACAGUAUUGCCUCACUGCUUAAGGGAUGGGAGCAGAGAACAGUGCUUUAAAGAGCUACACGCUGAAGGAACCACCGUUUACCUUGCCCUCUGGACUUGCUGUCUAUCCUGCUGUGCUGCAAGAUGGCAAGCUGGCUUCGGUUUUUGUGUACAAGAGAGAAAACGAAGACAAGGUUAAUAAAGCUGCCAAGCACUUGAAGACGCUUCGUCACCCUUGCUUGCUGAGGUUUCUGUCUUGUACCAUGGAAUCAGGUGGUAUUCACCUUGUUACGGAGCGGGUGCGACCUCUGGCCGUGGUUCUGGAAACGCUGUCUUCUGCGGAGGUCUGUGCUGGGAUCUAUGAUGUGCUGCUGGCUCUUAUCUUCCUUCACGACAGGGGACACCUAACACACAACAAUGUCUGCCUCUCGUCUGUGUUCGUGAGUGAAGAUGGGCACUGGAAGCUAGGAGGAAUGGAGACUGUUUGUAGAAUUCCUCAGGCCACACCCGAGUUUCUGAGGAGUAUUCAGUCAGUGAGAGACCCAGCAGCUGUCCCUCCUGAAGAGAUGUCUCCAGAAUUCACAACUCUGCCGGCGUCUCACGGACAUGCUCGGGAUGCCUACUCCUUUGGAACCUUGGUGGAAAGUUUGCUCACAGUCUUGAGUGGACAGGUUUCAGCGGAUGUUCUCUCCAGCUUCCAGCAGACCUUGCACUCAGCUCUGCUGAAUCCCCUCCCAGAGUGUCGGCCUGCGCUCUGCACCUUACUGUCCCAUGACUUCUUCAGAAAUGAUUUUUUAGAAGUUAUGAAUUUCUUGAAAAGUUUAACAUUGAAGAGUGAAGAGGAGAAAACGGAGUUCUUCAAGUUCCUGCUGGACAGAGUCAGCUGCCUGUCCGAGGAGCUAAUCGCUUCCAGGCUGGUGCCACUUCUGCUCAACCAGCUGGUGUUUGCAGAGCCGGUAGCCGUUAAGAAUUUCCUUCCUCAUCUGCUUGGCCCCAAAAAAGAUACAGCACCUGGGGGAGAAGCCACAUGCUUGCUCUCGCCAGCCCUGUUCCAGGCCCGGGUGAUCCCUGAGCUGCUGCGGCUGUUCGAGGUCCACGAGGAACACGUGCGGCUGGUGCUGCUGUCUCACAUCGAGGCCUACGUGGGCCACUUCACUCCGGAGCAGCUGAAGAAAGUCAUCUUGCCACAGGUGUUGCUGGGCCUGCGUGACACCAGCCACUCCAUCGUGGCAAUUACUCUGCAUAGCCUAGCGGUGCUGGUCUCACUGCUGGGACCGGAAGUGGUUGUGGGAGGAGAGAGAACCAAGAUCUUCAAACGCACUGCCCCAAGUUUUACUAAAACUCUCGACCUUUCCCCAGAAGAUUCUCCCAUGCAUGGCGUGUGCAGCCAGCACAGCAAGCGGACAGCAGCCUCGGAGAGCCCGUCCUCCGGCAGGAGCCCUGGACGCUGCUUUGCCGUCAGCGCACCCAUCUCCAACACGGAGCACAGACAGCGGGGGGCUUACAGCCCUCUGUUCCAGACAGGAGGUCAGUUUCCUCAGCCUACAUUUCCCACAAAUGGAAUCCCUGAGGUGAAAAAUACUUUGGAUGGUGUGCCCUUCCCACCUGGUCCUAUGAAGCCUGAGGACUGGCCUGAUUGGGGUGAGCCUGAGGAGCCCGAGAACCACACCAUCCACCUGCAGGUUUGGCCCCAAGAGCCAGGCAAUGCUGCCGAGACACUGUGCGUAGACCUGAGCCCAGAGCCAGAGCCCUGGGAGAACCAGUUGGGCAGCCUCAGUACUGGAGGAACCCCCAGAGGUGGAGCACCCUCAGGGGAGCAGAAGCCCACUCCUGUGUGUCCACUCAUCAAAGAGGCCGAGCCUCCAGAAUCCAGGCUCCCCCAGAAGGCUGGUUUCAUACAGAGAGGGGAGGACCCAGACCCAACCACGCCACCGAAGGUGUCUCAAGAAAGGCCUCAUAAGGUGCCGUCGGAACUUGGUUUAGGAGCGGAGUUUACCAUUCAGGUAAAAAAGAAGCCAGUGCAGGAUCCAGAGUUGGACUGGUUUGCUGAUAUGAUCCCUGAAAUUAAGCCCUCAGCUGCUUUUCUUAUCUUGCCUGAACUGAGGACAGAGGUGAUGGUCCCCAGCAAAGAUGAUGCCUCACCAGUAAUAGAGUUUUCCUCAAAAUUUGCCGCAGCAGAAGUUACUGAGGGCGAGGCUGGAGGCUGGGGUGAAGACGGGGAGCUGGACUGGGGAGACAGUGCCUGGUGACAACACGUGUGAAGUUAGGAAAAAGGAUUGCCUUCUCAGAACAAUCAAAUCAAUACCUCAGAAGCAGGCUCUGUGGAGCAGAACCCCACAGCACCAGUCUCCUGCAUCAGGAGCUCUUUCCAGCCCGUGCCAACCAGAGAGCAAGGGUGGCCGAGGACCAGCUGAAAGCCAGCAGGAGAGGCCCGGCCCCGGCCCUGGUCCGGAGACGGAGACAACGCCCGGGGACAGGCUGAGACUGGUCUCCGUGCAGAGCACGCAGCCGAGGAGAGGCUGAACUCAGUUUUGUUCCAGGACAAUUCUGGAAGUAAGAGAAAAUAAAUAUAAAAAUUCAGGCUGGUUAGCUUCAAUUUGUGCCAUUUCUUAUAACAGAAGAGUAAGCUCUUAUUAUGAAUACAACUUACUGCAAAGAUUUUAGCUAUAAAUUAUAUAAAUGAUUUUAAAAUGCUGAGAUUUCCUUAGGCAGCUUAUUUAUUUGUUUACAGUCGUACCGUGGGAGAGUACAGUCCCAUGUGGACCCAGCAGUUGCUGACUGUCCUCAUGUAUUAUGUGGUACCAAAGUUCUUAAUGAGAAUUAUCCCACAGUCCUGUUCUCUAAUGUCAAAUAAAGACUAUUUUCACUAGA